AUGGGCGACCGCGGCGGCGCGGGCGGCUCCCGGCGCCGGAGGACGGGUUCACGGCCCUCGAGCCAGGGCGGCGGCGGGCCCGCGGCGGCGGAAGAGGUGCGGGACGUGGGCCCCGCGGGAGACGCGCCCGCGCCGGCGCCGGCCCCCGACAAGGACGAGAACGGAGGCUCCGACGUGGGCAGCGGCCACUGGGAUCUGAGGUGCCACCGCCUGCAGGAUUCUUUGUUCAGCUCGGACAGUGGCUUUAGCAACUACCGCGGGAUCCUGAAUUGGUGUGUGGUGAUGCUGAUCUUGAGCAAUGCACGGUUAUUUUUAGAAAACCUCAUCAAGUACGGCAUCCUGGUGGACCCCAUCCAGGUGGUGUCUCUGUUCCUGAAGGACCCCUACAGCUGGCCCGCCCUGUGUCUAGUUAUUGUGGCCAAUGUCUUUGCUGUGGCUGCGUUCCAGGUGGAGAAGCGCCUGGCAGUGGGUGCCCUGACGGAGCAGGCAGGGCUGCUGCUGCACGUGGUCAACCUGGCCACCAUUCUCUGCUUCCCGGCGGCCGUGGCCUUGCUGCUUGAGUCCAUCACUCCAGUGGGCUCCGUGCUGGCUCUGAUGGCGUACACCAUCCUGUUCCUCAAGCUCGUCUCCUACCGGGAUGUCAACCUGUGGUGCCGAGAACGAAGGGCCAAGGCCAGGGCCAAGGCUGCUUCCACAGGUAAGAAGGCCAACGGGGGAGCUGCCCCGCGCACCGUGAGCUACCCGGACAACCUGACCUAUCGUGAUCUGUACUACUUCCUCUUUGCUCCGACUCUGUGCUAUGAGCUCAACUUCCCCCGCUCUCCCCGAAUCCGAAAGCGCUUCCUGUUGCGGCGGCUCCUGGAGAUGCUGUUUCUGACUCAGCUCCAGGUGGGGCUGAUCCAGCAGUGGAUGGUCCCCACCAUCCAGAACUCCAUGAAGCCUUUCAAGGAUAUGGAUUAUUCCCGCAUCAUUGAGCGUCUCCUGAAGCUGGCGGUCCCCAAUCACCUCAUCUGGCUCAUCUUCUUCUACUGGUUCUUUCACUCCUGCAUGAACGCUGUGGCUGAGCUCAUGCAGUUCGGAGACCGGGAGUUCUACCGGGACUGGUGGAACUCGGAGUCCGUCACCUACUUCUGGCAGAACUGGAACAUCCCUGUGCACAAAUGGUGCCUCAGACACUUCUACAAGCCCAUGCUUCGCCGGGGCAGCAGCAAGUGGCUGGCCAGGACUGGGGUGUUCUUUGCCUCGGCUUUCUUCCACGAGUACCUGGUGAGCGUGCCUCUGCACAUGUUCCGCCUCUGGGCCUUCACGGGCAUGAUGGCGCAGAUCCCGCUGGCCUGGCUGGUGAGCCGCUUCUUCCAGGGCAACUACGGCAACGCGGCCGUGUGGCUGACGCUCAUCAUCGGGCAGCCGGUGGCCGUGCUCAUGUACGUCCACGACUACUACGUGCUCAACUAUGAGGCCCCCGUGGCUGGGGCCUGAGCUGCUCCACGGCUGGGCCUGUGGCCGCCUCCUCCCGCCUCACUGCCCAUGGCCGGAGCCCGCCGCCCCACCUGUGUGCUGGGGAGGGGGCCUGGCCGUCCGCAGGGCUUCUCUGCCCCUAUGGGGCUCCUUCCUGCCCUACUCAGGGACGGCAGCCCAGCAUCCCAGGAACCUGUGCCGACCCUGCCCAGGGGUCUGAGGGGAUCAAUAAAGUGCUGUCCGGAGUGGCA